AUGAAGAGAGGAGCACUUGACAAUUUUUUUAAACCUAAACCAAAAAAACCAUUUACUGGUGCGCUUUUAAAUCAACAUGAAAGUCAAGAACAUAAUCAACCAGUGUGCAGUACUUCAAUAAUUGAUGCAUCAAAUGUUAUUAUGAAAGAUGGUAAAUUUCGUGCUUUACUUCGUUUUCGAGCAAAUUUUGGCGAUGAAAAUUUAAAAAAUCAUUUAAUAAAUAGUAAUAAAAACUCUACUUAUCUAAGCCCAUCUAUUCAAAAUGAAAUAAUAGACAUUUGUGGCCAACUUAUUCGAAAAAAUAUUGUAACUAAAAUAAAUAAAGCCGGUUGCUUUUCAAUUCUUUUUGACGAAACUUUAGAUGUAUCUGGUACUGAGCAACUAUCUAUGUGUGUCCGUUAUGUAGAUCAAAAUAAUCAGCUCCGUGAAGACUUUUUAUGUUUUUUACCAGUAUAUGAUCUCACUGGAGAAAAUUUAACUCAAAUAAUUUUAGAAGAACGUGAAAAAUUGGGUUUGGAUUUAAAUAAACUUAUCGGGCAAGGCUAUGAUGGUGCAGGCAACAUGAGUGGACAGUUUAAUGGUGUACAAUCAAGAAUACGACAAUUAUAUCCAAAAGCUGUCUUUGUUCAUUGUGCAUCGCAUCGAUUAAAUCUUGCUUUAUCUUCGGCUUUAUCUACAAAAAAUGUUAGAAAUUGUCUUGGUGUGAUGAAAGAUAUUAUUAAUUUAUUCAGGAAUAAUGCUUUAGCGGGAGAAACUCUUAAAAAUUCUAUUUUAGAACUUAUUCCAGAAACCAAAAAAACACGUUUAGUCGGCUUAUGCGAAACACGUUUUAUUGAACGACACGAAGCAGUUAAUGUUUUUGUAGAACUUUUUGAACCAAUUAUAGUUAGUUUGCAAAAUAUUCAAGAAACAGAUCGUGCAAUUUCAGCAAAGGCUUGUUCACUUUUGGCAGCUGUAGAAAAAAGUUGUUUUAUAAUUUCAUUACUUGUCUGUGAAAAUCUUUUAAGUUUCACUCUACCAUUGUCACAUUAUUUGCAAAGCCCUAAACGUGACCUUUCAUCUACUGUUGAUUAUGCUAAACAUAUUAUAAAGAGGCUGAAACAUGUGAGACAAAAUCCAAAUGAAUCGUUUACACAAAUAUUUCAAGAGGCUAGGAAAUUAUCUAAAAUGUAUUUUGAUACUGAAAUUAAAAUUCCUUGUACUACGAAUAAACAAAAUUAUAGGGACAAUUAUUCAUGUAAUUCACCAGAAGAGUAUUAUAAAAUAUCUGUAUUUUUACCGUGUUUAGAUGGUUUUAUUUUACAUCUCGAAAAUAGACGAAAAAAACUAACUUAA